AUGUGUCCCAGUACUCUUGAUUUUGCCCUUUCUCUUCACGAAGUCCGUCGAGUUAAAGGCAUGCGCAUGUUGCUCCUCUGGCUCAUCUACUACCAUGUCAUCAGUGCUUCUGUCACCAGCCGCCGGUCUAGUGAGGCGGUUAGUCGGGGGGUCCAUGUGGACCAACAUGGAGAUUGCGUCUCUGCCUCAUUUGUGACGACCUUCGGUAUCGCAGCGGCCGCUGCAUCAUCCGUGGUGCUGUUCUUGGAGUGUUUAAUCUUAUUACUUUAUUUAAUGCAUAUAACCUCCACAUUGAAUACUUUGGUGACAUCCUUUCGGCUUUCCCUUAGUCUCUUCACAACUGCUAGUAGGUCAGCGAUUAUUACUUUAGUUGGCUCGCUGAGGAGUUUUUCGUGA